AUCUUUUCAUUUUUUCAUUAUGCAAUUUUAAUCGAACUGUUUUGUUUAGUGAAAAAUGUUGAGCAGAAUAAUUCCUCGUCGCUGGCAGGUUGCUAUACUUGUAUUUCUGGGACUGAUGGUAAACUAUAUGCUCCGGGUGAACCUAAACAUAGCACUCAUCGAGAUGAACAAUUCCAACAACUCCAUGGGUCCUUUUGUAAACUGGACAGAUUAUGGAGAAGGAAAGAGUUCUGAUGAAAAUGUUAAAUCAGCUCAAAGUCUUGUCAAAAGUGCUUUCUUCUUUGGAUAUGUCAUAACACAGGUUCCAGGAGGAAGGUUUGCGGAAAUGUUUGGAACUAAGAAAGUGUUUGGAAUCUCUAUGAUGUUAUGUGCUCUGUUGGGUGCUCUCAUUCCACCACUUUGCACUGGAAAUAUUAAAACUAGUUUGAUGGUUUGGUUUAUGUUUUAUAUAAGUUUAAUGGUUUGGUUCAUGUUUUAUUCAUCUUGA